AUGCAGAAGUAUGCUACUACUGUGUUCCGUGUCCUGGCUCACACUGGUGGAGACAAUGCGAAAAUGGUUGACUUUGCCUACAGCUUCUUUGAGAAGCAGGUUCCAAUUGAUGCUGUUCUCGUGAAAGAUGAGAUGAUUGGCUUCAUUGGUGUGACCAAGGAGUCUCCUCGGUUGUGGCUAGGCCUGAUCAGAAUGGCUACCAUCACCGCACUGAGAUGA